UCGGUGCGGGCAUGCCUUGUGGUGACGGAGGGGAGCGGACGGGGGGCGCUAGAAAUGGAAAGAAAGGAACGUGGUGGAAAUUGAAGUCGCACUCGCCCCUACAUAGCAACAUCCGAGUCGCCAGUAGAGGGCAGCGCGGGGCGCUCGAGAGAGGAGGUCGGAGCGAGGCCAGCACUCUGGAAAGAGGUGCGUUUGGGGCACUGGUCGGAGUCGGCGUGGUGGAGACCACGGCAGUUGACGCAACGCGCAUGAGCGCAGGGUUCGGAGGCGGCGCGAUUCUCCUUCGCGCACAUGGCGCACCGAGCGCGGUGCACCGAUUCAAGAUGGCGGCCAGCACAGACACGGCACCGGGGCGGCUUCGCGCAUCCUGCAGCGAGGUGGCCAUAACCCCAGCACCUCGUACACUGUCGGAGGCGCGGCUUAUCAUGCCAGCGCGACGUGGUGACGGGAGUACCGAAAGCGAAGAGGGGGGUCUGAAGGAGGGCAGUGAGGAUGGAGCCAUCCGGGUCUUCGAAGCCGAGGACGACGGACGAGCGAGCACCGUCGAUCUGCUCAGGUCGACGUGCCCAGCGCGGAGGUUGGGUGAUGCGGAGGCGCGCAAGCGCGGGGUUCUUCAUGAGCUCGGUCGACAGAGUCGACGUCGAGUGGACAGCGCCGCCAGGGGCUGCCCGGGUGCUGACAUUGCCGAAGAGAAUCUGAGACCACUUGACGUCCCUGGAGACAUGGUGAUCCGGGUCGAGCUUGAGGGCAGCACAGAGGGUCGGGAGAUGUUCGUCAAUGCGGCGGUAGGAGGUGGCAGGAGGGAAGGCCAGGACGAUGUUGCCAGAGGAGCUCGGAUAGACCGCAAGCGCAGCCAUUCCUCCAGCAGUUGGAAUCGCAGCCAGUGCUGCGUUCACAUCACUGACCAGUUGGGCAGGGGGAGUCUGAAGC